AUGCCGGACUCGUAUUUACUAAAUGAUACAACCCGUGCCCGUGACGUGCCAGACUACCCAUUACCAGGACAGUCUUACAUCAAGAGCAACCCUGCCACUACCAACAUGAUUAAUUCAACUGAUGCAUUGGACAGUAUUGCCUCUGAAAGUUCACCCCAGAAUGAUAACACCUGGAGCCUUGUUGAACAUACUCAGAUCGUCCUGGCAAUCUAUAUUUUGACGUUCGUGACCGGCCUGCCAUCCAACUUGCUGGCCUUCUACGCCUUUUUGGUCAAGGUCCGCAAGAAGCCAACGCCAGUAGACAUCCUUCUCCUCAACCUGACCAUCUCAGAUCUUCUCCUGCUCAUGUUCCUUCCACUGAAGAUGAAGGAGGCAGCUGACGGGAUGCUUUGGAAUAUGCCCAUAUUUCUCUGUCCUUUGACAGGAUUCUGCUACUACAGCAGCAUUUAUAUCAGCACCUUGUUCCUCACCGCUGUCAGCAUCGAGCGCUACCUUGGGGUAGCUCACCCCAUCAAGUAUAAACUCCAUCGGAAGCCUGAGUACGCCAUAUUUGCCAGUAUCUGCUUCUGGCUUCUGGCUUGUGCUCACUGCAGUGUCGUCUACAUCGUCCAGUACUGCGUAGAUAGCAGAGUCAAAAGUUUCAAUGAAACAAAAUGCUACGACAACUUCACAGAGGAGCAGCUGAAGAUCUUGCUGCCGGUUCGUUUGGAGUUAGGAGUGACUCUUUUCUUCAUCCCAUCCAUAAUAACGCUUUUCUGCUACAUCAACUUCAUAAGGAUACUGACGUCUCUGCCCAACAUCCAAAAAAAGAGGAAACAGAGAGCCAUUGGCUUGGCCAUCGCCACUCUGGCCAACUUUUGCAUCUGCUUCGCUCCCUACAACAUCUCCCACAUCGUUGGCUUUGUGAACGGCAAGAGCCCAAAAUGGAGAGUGGAUGCCUUGCUCCUGAGUACAUUCAAUGCCACCUUGGACCCAGUUGUGUUCUACUUCACCUCUACAGCAGUCCAGAAAACCUUUUUUGACUUUUUGGUGGCCAUCUUACGGAAAUUAGGGAGACUUUGCCCCUUCAAGAGGUUCUGGCCAUCUCCGGGUGAACCCCCAUAUAAUGAUAGCAAUCUUGACAGGUCCUCUACCUGA